AACCAAGAGAAAUAGCAGAAGACAGCUUGGCAGAAGAUGAAGAAAUUUGGCAGGAGAAAACGUGAUUGAAUGACCCGUAUUUUGUCCUAUGAUGAGUUUGUAAAGAAGACCGAAGCUGAACCCAGUAAAGAUCUCGAUGUUGCCAGGUCAAACUCAACCAAACCGCAGAUUAAAGCUCUGUACUCCACUGCUACUGAGAAACCGAAGAUUAAACCUCCCUCUCUGCAGAGGUAUCAGUGGGGACAUCAGCAUGACCCAGUCUCCCCCGGUGCUGUCAGUGGGACGGGACCAGACCGCAACACUCACCUGUACGGCCAGUCAAUCUGUUAG